GCUGCUGGUGGGGUGUGAGUGGAGUGCUGGCUGCUGCUGAUGGAUGCUGUGGCCAGCAGCCCCCUAGGGUGGCUCUGUGCAGGUGUCACCACGCUUUUUGGGGUCACCAUGCUCUGCAGGGCCCAGAGCAGCCCUGUGCACACAGCAAAGGUGCUGCUCUGGAGCCUGCUGCCCUCCCUGCUGUGUGUGGCCACGCUGGGGGCUGGCGUGGGGCUCUUUGUGGCCAUGUGCCUGCUGUGCUCAGCAUACCUGGGGGACAGGGAGCUGCUGCCCGUGGGUGACAGAGCCGUGCUCAUCACAGGCAGUGACACUGGGAUUGGACAUGCACUGGCCAAAUACCUGGACAGCCUGGGCUUUGUGGUGUUUGCUGGGGUUCUGAACAAGGACGGCCCUGGGGCUGAGGAGCUGCGGCGUGCCUGCUCCCAGAGACUCUCUGUGCUGCAGCUGGAUAUCACCAACAGCACUCAGGUCCAGGAGGCCUACCUGGCAGUCUCAGAGAAGGUGCAAAAUGCAGGGCUCUGGGGUGUCGUGAACAACGCAGGAAUCCUGGGCUUCCCUGCUGAUGGGGAGCUGCUCCCCAUGAGCACCUACAGGCACUGCAUGGAGGUGAAUUUCUUUGGGGCUGUGGAGGUGUCCAAGACCUUCUUGCCAUUGCUGAGGAAAUCGCAGGGGAGGCUGGUGAACAUGUCCAGCAUGGCAGGAGGCAUUCCACUCCCGAGGUAUGCUGCAUACGGGGCAUCCAAAGCAGCUCUGUCCAUGUUUUCUGGAGUAAUGAGGCAAGAGCUUUCCAAAUGGGGCAUUAAAGUCACGGCAAUCCAUCCAUCAGGCUUCAGAACAGGUAUUGAAGGCACAGCAGAGCAGUGGGACAAGCAGGAGAAGGAGCUGAUGGAGAACCUGCCAGCAGACACCAGGCAGGCCUAUGGAGAGGAAUAUCUCCUGGGGCUGAGGAAUUACCUCCUCCAGCUGCCCUCCUACUGUGCCCCAGACCUGUCCCCUGUGCUGGGUGCUGUCCUGCAUGCUCUGCUGGCCAGGAGACCCCAGGGCCUCUACACCCCUGGCAGGGGGGCUUACAUCCCCCUCUGCAUCUUCUGCUGCUUCCCCCUCUGGUUCUACGACUUCUUCAUCAGCAAGAUGCUGAGUGCUGGCUCUGCUCCAAGGGAGCUGAGAGCAUCAGGAGAUGAAGGCAAGAACCUCUGAGGUGCCCACUGGUGUUUAUCUCACUGGGAUGAACUCUGUACAGACACUGCUAUAAUUCUGUCUUUGUUAAGCUGCUUUGACACUGCCUUGCAAAGAGGGAAAUCUUUGUGUUAAGAGUAAUGUUUGGGAAAAGCAGUGGACAAAUGUAAAUAGAAAGCUAUUCCCAGAUGGGGCAUUUUUUGAGGAACUUCAAUGUUUUGCUGUUGUUUUUGUAUCCUGCUUUCUGUGUAAGGUACCUCAUGAAAUUAUACAGCUCCUGUCUGCUUCUAAAGGCAUCACUAACACAGAGAUGCAGAAUGUGUUUUGUUAAAGCAAAACAAAACCCCCUAGAGAGUCACCAACCAUAAAUCUUGUAAGAAAUUAAAUAUAAUCCUAUUGUUGAAGAGACUUAGAACUGUGUAAUGCAAGUCUCUUUCUCUACAUCUUCAGCCUAAUAUGUUGGGGUCUGCUGUUUUCGUUCUGUUGCUGUUGAACUUGAGAAAUGAUUGUCCUUUCUCCCCAAAUUUUGUUAUGUAUAGUUCUAAAGUUUGUAACAUGCUCUCUUUGCCAGAAUAAACAACAUAAAUUAAUUGUUGGGAGGGGGGAAAUGGAUGGAAACAGAACAAGGUCUUUAUGAAGAGAUAAGCAAUUGCCUUCCUACAGUAAUAUAAAUAGUCAUAGUGGGUGUAACAGCUGCUAACUUGAUCUAUCUGGGUCAUUCUGUGUAUUGUCUGUAUAUGCCUGUGCUUAUCUAAUUGUUAGUAAACUCUGAUGUCACUUCUGAUUUUUGUACAAUUUCUUACUCAAGUCUGGGUUUACAAAGAAUUCAUGUUUUUGCCUGCUUCUCCUGAUACCUCCCUGUGUCUCCCUCUGCUUUGGGGGCAGUUUGUGCUAAGAUCAGUCAAUCUACAUGUGGCUUCUCUUCCCUAAUUUCAUUCCAGGAGCACCAGGUGCCCUCCCUGGUGCCCCAUACCAUACCCCUUGCCAAACCCCUAGUGUAUUUUUCCUACCUUAUUCCCUUUUUGCAUUGUCUGUGACAUCCUUGGGCUUUGAAAGGCUGUGGUAUUUUGAAAGAAAUCCUCACCCCCCUGAGUCCCAUGGUUUGGCCACGUGUCCUGUCUUUGACAAGAAGCAUUUCUUUUCUGGUGAUGAAAAACUAGAAGUGAUCACAUUCUGAGCUUUAAAUGUAGACACAUUUUCCCCUUUGCUUUCUGAGCAACUUCCAGCUCUUCUAUCAUAAUCCUAUUGGUGUGAUGUGCUCUUGCACCCAACUGGACAAAAAUCACAAUUUAAUUUGCAGCUAUGGUAUUUAUUCUAUCACUGUCCUGUGUCUGUUACAUCAAUGCAAGACUGCCUGUAAAUUCAGAGAGGAUACUCAGAGGGCUUGGGCCAUCAUUUGAAUCUGUGCUCCAGUGGGGAACCCUCCUGUCCUGCACAUUUUGUCACAACAGCUGCUUUUGCUACUGAGUUUAUCACCUGUGGGUUUGUAUCACUGCCCUGGUUGCAGACUUUUGCUUUUCUUGGAUGAAAUGUGCUCAAUGUUUUGAACUCAGGAAAUCUGAGACUGUUUUUUUUCUCUCUCUCUAUCUCCCAAUUUCUUCCU